AUGGAAAAGCAGGCACCUGAACGAGGCCGUGACACGGCUAUUGCAGAAAUUGACUUAAUUAUGAACAAAUUUGGAGCAUCAUUGGAGGAUGUGUACAAACUGGCCAUAUCUUUUUAUCGAGAAAGAAAACACAGUUGUGAGCUUGUGGUACCAUACGAAAAGCGAUUGUUAUUCAUGGCAUAUUCGAAGCAGGUUCGCUACGGACCUUAUGAUUCAGCUGCAGAUGAUUCGGGCUGGUUUGACCUUGUUGGCAGCGAUAGAAUGUAA